AUCCUCCAUCCCUCCCUAGCGGGACGACUGGCUAGGUAGGCUACUGCGUACUAAGAAAGCUAUCACCGACUUCAAAUAUCCCUGGCUAAUCCUUUAGCCCUUUACAGCUCCUUGGAAAAGAACACAAUAACCUGUACACCUGAAAUAGACACACUCAAGAAACAACGCCGCGUUUAUUUUCUGACAGAUUUUCCUGUCGCUUUUCGAUAGAAUUCCAUCCAUCCCUUCGCAGAGGAUGAGGCUGCCGACCAGAAGGCAGUGUCCUAUGGAAGGAGAUGGGAAGAAGGAGCAGGCUCCUCCAUUUAGGAACCCCUUUGUGCACGAUUUGAGAUUCACCCCCCUGGAGAAGGCAAAGAUCGCCCUCAUGACAGUGACCCUGUUCCCUGUCCGUCUGUUCCUGGCUGCGUUCAUGAUGCUGCUAGCGUGGCCCUUCGCCUUUGUGGCAUCCAUGGGACGCUCCGAGACCGCCGUGGAGCCCCAGUGUCUGUGGAGGAGACUGGUGGAUGUAGCUCUGAAGACCAUCAUGCGGGUCAUGUGGUUUACCGGAGGCUUCCACUGGAUGUCCGUGAAGGGUCGCCAGGCGCUGCCGGCGGAGGCGCCCAUCCUCACCCUCGCCCCCCACUCCUCCUACUUCGACGCCAUUCCCGUCACCAUGUCCAUGGCGUCCAUCGUGAUGAAGGCUGAGAGCAAAGACAUCCCUCUGUGGGGCACGUUGAUUAAGUACAUCAGGCCCGUGUUCGUGUCGCGCUCCGACCAGAACUCCAGGAAGAAGACCGUGGAGGAGAUCAAGCGCAGGGCACACUCCGGGGGGGAGUGGCCUCAGAUCAUGAUUUUCCCAGAGGGAACAUGCACUAACAGAUCCUGCUUAAUCACAUUCAAGCCAGGAGCCUUCAUUCCUGCUGUGCCAGUGCAGCCUGUGGUGAUUCGCUACCCAAACCCAAUGGACAGCAUCACGUGGACUUGGCAGGGACCCGGAGCGUUUAAAAUCCUGUGGCUAACACUGUGCCAGUUGCACAACGAGUUUGAGAUUGAGUUCCUCCCCAUCUACACCCCUUCUGAGGAGGAAAAGAGGAACCCAGCUCUGUUUGCUAACAAUGUCAGACGGCUCAUGGCCCAGGCCCUGGCAGUGCCCAUCACGGACUACUCGUUUGAGGACUGCCAGCUGGCCAUGGCAGAGGGCCAGCUCAGGCUGCCCGUGGACACGUGCCUGCUGGAGUUCGCCAAGCUGGUCAGGAGAUUGGGACUCAAGCCGCGGAACGUGGAGAAGGUCCUGCAGGAGCACGGGAACCGGGCCCGGAAGCUGGACGGAGAGAAGCUUGGGCUGGAGGGCUUCUCCCAGUACCUGGACGUCCCCGUGUCCGACAUGCUGAGGGACAUGUUCGCCCUCUUCGACGAGCAUGACGAUAACUCCAUGGACAUCAGAGAAUAUGUCAUCGCCUUAUCGGUCGUGUGCCGACCAGCAAGAACUCUGGAAACUAUGAAAUUGGCCUUCAAGAUGUUCGAGGCGGAGGAGGACGGGGCGCUGACGGAGUGUGAGCUGGCCUGCAUCCUGAGAACGGCCCUGGGAGUGGCUCACCUCCGCGUGACACGCCUCUUCAGCGCCAUCGACGUCCACGACACGGGCAAACUCACCUUCGACAAGUUCCGGAGCUUUGUGGCGCUGCACCCGGACUUUGCCGAGGAGUAUCUGUACAGGGACAAUACAAGCCUCCACAGCUGCGGCCACCACGCCAAGCCAAGCCCCUCAGCCAAUGGGAUCUGCCCCGACUUCAGCCCCGGCGACGACCACACGAGCGCCAGCAAGCUGAAGAAACACAACUGAGCCAACAGGUUUUACCCAGAAGCCACCUCUCCUGGAGAGAGCGUGGUGGUGGCGAAUGGUGUCAAGGGCCUGAGCUGUGGGUUGUACCUAGUCAGAACCAACAGUAUCAAAUUUACCCCUUAUUGUUUUUACCAGUAUUAGAAAAUGUUAUGCUGUUCAUUUUUUUUGCUUGGUGAUCGAAACAUUUAGUUACUUUUCUUUGUUUUUUUGUUUAGUUUUUUUUACAUUUUGUAAAAGUUUGAUUUGUUCUUGGAAAGGAACAUUUCAAAAAGCCAAACAGGAGGCACUCUAGAUACAAUUCUUAAAUACUUGAAGGGUGAUCACUUUUUUCCUUUCCUUCUCAUCCAGGGUUUUUUUCUUAGACUGGUCCUGACGGUGCAUGUUUGUUUCAGAUAUAUACAAACGAGGGAAGCAACAACAACAAAAAGGCCCUAGUUACUGAAGUAAACUUUUUUUUUUUGUGUGAACUCAGUGAUUGUUUGUUUCUUUUGUUUGUUAUCCUUCUUAUUCUUUCUAUUGGUAGCUGCCUUUUUUUAUGAAACCCGAGCAGCAGUGGUUGGGGAACUUAAGGGCCUUCAGAGCGCCAGUGACAAUUUUCUGACCAAUCCUCGGCAAGGAUUCAAACUUCUCAGAUUUGAGGUGCGAUAGGGCGAGAGACCACAAAGGAACUGGUUGAUUCAAUAUGAGCCUGUUAUAUAUCAUACACAAAUAUAUAUAUAUAUAUAUAUAUAUAUAUAUAUACAUAUAUUUUCUUUAGCUCAGGGUUCAGUAACAAAAAAUGUAACUUGUAAGAUGUCAUCACAAGACAAGUAUGGUUUUUCCUCGUAUUCCGAGCAUGUUAUCUUCCCGCUGGGCGUUCAAGCUCUCUUUAGAGCAUAUGCUAUUCUCUUCACACAAACCGUCUGCUCCCAAACUCUAUUUUUUCAGUCAGAUAUGCAGAGCUUAUUUUUCAAAAAAAAAAAAAAAAAAAAAAAGGAUGAAAAAAAAAAAAGUUAUAUACUGGUAUGGACCAAAAAUAAAAUGUUCCAAGUGGCGGGUGAGUGUGAGGUUAACUUCAGUUGGCGGUGUUGUGGUAAUGAACCAGUGGUGUAUGGCUUUAAAGGGAAGACAUUGUUUAUCAUACUGUGUACCUCGUGGUGCAUUGUUGUCGUUUUCAUGGUUUGGUGAUCAUCGAGGUCCCAGACUUUUCUCUCAACAACAGCUCCUUUCAGCUAACACAACCUUCCUCCUGCCUGACUGUACACUGCAUGUGAGACACUAGUAACCAGCCCACGUUCUCACUCUCACACACUCCCUCCAAAUAAUACACACUUUGUCUCAACUGGUCAUGAGUGGAGAAGCCAAAACAUUUGAAAUGAACAUCUCGGAUUUCUUUUUUUCAUCUUAUAGAUUUGUCGCCCUAAAGUACUUUGAUGUCUUCCUGGUUUUUGUUGAAAUAAAGGACAGUGGAGCUGAGGAGGCAUCUUCUCAUGGAGUGAAACGA